UCUAUCCUAAGGGCACAUGGGCAUUCGAACUGAUUCUGAAACUCGAAGCAAUCAAACCAGAGUGGUUAGGAUUAUGAGAUCACUUUGUUACAUCUGGAGCGGCGUUCGUGGCCGUGGGGAUGUUCCAAAUUCUAAGGACUAAUCGCUUAUCAUGGAAACGCGCCAAGACUAACUCUAGGGCACUGUCGUGCCGUGAGGCUGUCACCGGGCUGCCUUCAAAUUCUUCGCCCUUGCCUCAGCCGCCAAGCUUCAACGAUGAAAUCCAGUAACAAGACAGUUCUUUAACUGACGGUAAUCAGGGGACAAAGUGUUCGCUUUUUGGUUCAUCUUUGACCGGGUAAAAUUGUUCUGAAUAUCAUACGAGCUUCUCCAGCCAGAGAGACAUGUGCGCUUGCGGGGUGCGCCCCACCAAAGUUGCCUGCUACCCGGCUUCGCUCCUUCCCCAUUUAUACAAAGUACGUGUGGGCGCCGUCUUCUCUACACGUGACAGUUGUAGUUCCUUUGCGUCGAAAAACGUCCUGGAGAAUUGAUAUACAUGGUGGCCAUGAAUCCGAUGAUAUACACUUUUCUGCAGAACUGCCUAGCCGCGCUAAGUCAUCCGUUCCACAGAAAUGCCGUGGUCAGUCUCCUCCUUUGAGGGUAUCGAUUCAGGUGGUCUCGCACCGAAUCCUGACAGGUCUACGCCGCUUUCGGGGGCAUCGUCAGGUAUUACGGGAUUUUUGGAAGGCAGUCAAAACGAUGCCGAGCGAAUACAGAACGUAAUAAAGGAAGCGUUCCAGCUUCUUGAUGCAAAUCGCUGCGGCCGCAUCGUAGCCGAAGAGGCGCCGCAUCUGCUACGAUAUCUCGGGUUCUUUCCUUCCGAGGAAGAGAUCGCCUCGAGAAUUCUUCCACAGGUGAUCACAAAGAGCGUUGUUAUUCUAGUACAAAAAAUACGGGAUAAAUAAAGGGUGAACGAGCUAGCAUCUGUCGGAAAGCCGGGACGUCUGCCAUGUUGAGUAGAGACCAGCGCUUCGCCUGUCCAUCUCGUCUUGUCCCCGUGGGAUGCUGUUUUCCGGUGUCUUCAUAACUCUUAGUCUUGUUUCCUCUUGACGCUACGGUUUGGUGAUAAGCUCCAAUCAGACACUCCAGGAGAAGUGCCACUUGACAAGUUUCAGCAAGCAGUACUGGAAUUUGUGGCAGCAAAGAAAUAUGUGCCGCCAGACCAAGAACUUCUUCUCGCAGCGUUUGCCGUAAGUAAUCGACACAAUAACGUGUAGACUUCGAGCAUGUCACCAGUGAAAACUCCUGGCCGUGUAUCACAGCAGUGGCAGUUUU